AUGGCGUUCACACUAAACAAUAAGGGGAAUAACUCUUAACAAAAAAACGAGGUUACGGUAAGGAAAAACAAAUAAAUUAAUAGGAAUUCGCCUGUGUUAUGUGUUGAUGUGAGUCAAGAUCAUCAAUUUACCGGCCAUGCCAGGAACAAGACAAAGCACAAGAUUUUCAUCUUUGAAAAAGUCAGAGAGUGAGAAAACAACAGCAGAUGAUGAGGAUACUGAUAAUGAUGUUUCUGUAGCAGCGGUUGAUGAAGGCGAAGGGAUUACUGUUGAUUUAGAGGUUAAAGAUGGAACAUUGGCAAAGGAAGAUGCAGCAAACAAAAGUGAAACUGUUGAAGUAAAGAUAGAGGGAGUACCUAGUUCAGUUGAGAAGAAUGAUGACAAUGAGAAAGGAAAGGAAGAUGAUCUUCUACUGACAGAAACAGACGAUGUUGGAUCCGAGAAAUGUACAGAGGUAACUGAAACAGACAAUGCUGCCAUUGAGAAAGAGAUGGAAGUGAAUGAUGUACCAGUUACUGACACAGAAAGUAAAACUAAUACAGAUGAGAAGAAAAAGUCAGAAACAAGUGAAGAUCUAGGUGGAAAGGAAAAAGAUCAGAGUGAUUCCAAUGAAGUUAAAGUCGAAAAGGAAACAUUAGAAGCAGAGAAGGAUACUGAAGAAAGUGUAGACGUGCAGGAAAAGAAAGCUGAUGAAACAGUCACAGAUCAGAAGUCAGAGGAAAAGUCCAAGGUUAAUACUGAGGGUUUAACGAAACCAACUGAUGGUGCUAAACCUACUGAACAGACUCCAGAAGUCUCACCUGCUAAAGCAUCGACAUCAGGCCAGUCCUCCGAUGCUACAAAGCCAUCAUCAGCAUCAGACUUGUCCCCAGCAUCAAAGAAGACUGAUAUAUUAACACAGGAACCAAAAUUUGACAAACCGUUUCCUGCUUCAUUAGCAAAAUUGCGUAAUCUAACAGUGAACAUAGGUCCCAUCAGACAGAUGGAUCUUAGGUCAGAAAAGCUGCAUGAAAUCUUGAAACUAACAGACAAUUUUGAGAUCAAGUUUGAACUUAGAGAUAAGGUAGAUUCAACUGGUAAAAUUGUGCAGGAAAAAUCAGGAUUUGUACGUCUGCCGUUUGAGAUCACAACUCCAACAUUCCUGAUCCGUGUGGCAUUCAGGCUGGGAAAUCUUCACAUUGAUGGAAGAGAUAUGUCUGUCAAGUUUCCAGAUGCUUUCAAUCAGGCUGUAGUGGAAUGCCAGCAGUAUAUUGAGGACAAUAGGAAGUUCAGAGCACAAAAGUUUGAGGAGAGAAAGCGUCAAAUAGCCGUGAAAAACGUUCCUGCGAACGUGACAGAGGACACAAUGAGGUCACUAUUUCCCGAGGCACAAAAGAUAACUCUGAAUAUGGAAGAGUUACCAGAUGGAGGUAGUAAAGUAGGGAGCGUGCUGUUAGAAUUUGACACAGAGGAGGCAUGUAUACAAUGUUUGGAUACAAAUAAAGACGUGUUUGUUGAAGACUGUCAACUGAAGAUAUUCAGAAUUUUCUCGGACAAAAUCAGUGCGUUUGAAAAGAAAUACAUAAAGAAUCCGAAGCCACAGCAGUUUUCCCGGGGGCGUGGUUUCGGUAGAGGUAGGGGUUCGGCACAGAGAGGUAGCUUUCAAGCAGCUAAGAUCAGAAGUAGGGCGAUCGGGUUUGGAAAUACAGGAAGGGGAAGAGGAGGCGGAGUCAAAAGGGGCGGGAACUUUGGUAGAAAACCAACAGGCUCCGGUCAAUCAUCACAGCAAACUGGUAUAAAAAGUCCUGGAGCCACAAAUAUGGGACCUCCAGGCAGUGUAUCUUCAGGAGGAAGAGGUCAAAGGAAGAGAAACUUUAGUGGCUCGAAACCAGGAAAAGGUGGCAACUAUGAAGGACAGUUUCAAGACUUCACACCUAAAAGAGAGUCUAAUCGAGGUAGACAACGUGCAAGGCCAGGUCGAGGUCGUGGUAAUCAAGGUCAUGGUAAUCAAGGUCAUGAGCGUAGAAGUUCCGAGAGAAGUCCAUCGUUUAGAGGAGAGCAAUCUCGACAGUCUCCUUACCGAGCUGAGAGGUCGUCGUCAUUUAGGUCUUCAAGCUCUUACAGGAAUGAGCAGAGAUAUUCCUCACCUUCAACAAGCCGAGAUGAAGACCCUAUGGCUAUGAUGGAAUACCUUAAAUCAACUAUUGCACGCAUGGAAGAAAAAAUGACUGGGAAAGAAACUGUUGACAGAGGUUAUGAUAAUCGUCAUCAGGAACAGUCGAGGAGUGGCCAGUUUAGCCCUCGAGGGCGAGGAGGAAGCCCGAAAAGAGGAGGUGGCCGAGGAUGGGGAGAUCAUGGCAGAAAGAGACCUGCAGAUACAAGGGAAUAUGGACAGGAGCCCAAGAGACAAUUUAUGGAGGAUCAGAAUAGGAGGGACUCGAGGAAUGAUUAUUACAGUACUCAGCAAAAUACUGGCUCUGCUCAGCGUCGAGAUUCUUUUGUCAAUACAGCUGGAGGAUCACAGAGUGAUUACCGUAAUGAUCGGGACAUGGGUAACUAUGGUGAUAGUUACGGAGGUAACUUUGGAAGUACUAGUUCUUACAGCAGUAACCAAGCUGGUAGCUAUGGAAACAGAGGUGGAAGUGAUUAUAAUGAUGGUAGUGAUAGAAACAAGAGAGAUAAUAACUAUGGUGGACAGAGAUUUAAUAGUGGAUACAGUGCAGGAGGGGGACAGUUUGGGAGUAGAGGGGGAGGUAGGGGACAGUCGUCAAGAGGGAGGGGCUACAAUAAGGGGAAUAAGGGCCAAUGGUGAAUAAAGGAGAGGAUAUAAACAGUCAAGAUAUUGUUUAUAGAUAAAGAGUUGUAUGAAAUGUUAGUUGUAGAAAAGUACAUUGGUUGCCAUAAUAUUUCAACGCAAGGGACAGCCAAGGGGUGCUAUGUUGUAAUUGGUUUUGUGCUGACAAGUUUGCUUUGAAAUAAAACAAUUUUGAGGACAGAGGAUGUGUUUUUUAUGUGGAGAUGUGUUCAGUUUUUAACAAUUUUUAAAAUGCUUCAGUUAAAUAAUUUUGUCUUUUUAUAGACAGAAAAUAGAAACUUAAUUAAAGGCACAUUAUGUCUCAGCAAUCCAUAUUUCUUAAAUUCUUUAGAAAUGUCAAAGAUGUCUUUUAUUAUGUUUUAAUAAUAGAUUUAGAGUAUGCUAGAUGUUUAACAACUGAAGAAAGUAUCUCUGAAUGUGCAGGAAUGUGUAAUAAUGCAGGAAUGUGUAAUAAUGCAGGAAUGUGUAAUAAUGAUAGCAAAAUGUAAAUAAAGUUAUAUAGUAUUUUGAAUUUUUGACUAACAUACAAAAUAUUGAUUCACUAUAAUUAUACCAAUUGCAAACAAAAGAAAAGAAGCAAAGAUAGUACAUCUAUAUGGCAAAUGAGUGUUUUUUGGAAACUGAAACUAGAUAUCAAAAACUUUAAA